AAAUAUAUAAUGAUUAAGAGAUGUAAGAUAAAUCAACAAACUCACUUCUGCGCGCGAAUAAUAUGGUUAAUUAGUAUUCUAUAAAACUCGAUCGACCACUAAAGCGGCAUUCUUUCUCUAUGCAUAAUUUGAACUUUUAUUUUUUGUUUGAAAAUAGGUACCUACACGCUCCCAGUCAGUGAUAAAUAAUAAUAGUGACAUCUCAAGUGUAAUUAAAAACAAUACUUGUGUGAACAAAUGUACCUGUAUUUAAUUCAUAUGAUAACAUUUAUCAGAAAAAUACUUUCCUGCAUAUUGAUCUAUAAGCACUAUUAUUAUAAAGAGGUAAGUGUUUGUGAGAACAACCUCACAAACACUUACCUCAAUUUGGGUAAUGCACCUUUCUAAUAGUCAAAGAAUCGUUGGAAAUCAGUUCGGUAGUUUCGGAGAUUACCCGCCUCAAACAUAAACAUUUGUAUGUGAGGCGGGUAACGAUUAUUUCACUAUUAGAAAGGUGCAUUACCCGAGAUUGCCAUAGGCUACGUUUUAUCUCAAAAUUCCCACGGGAGCGAAGACCCGGGCAACAUAUAGUAUUUGAUGCCAAAUCUUUUAUUUUUCUAAUCCAAAUAAUGUUUGCCGUAAUAGUCGUCGCUAGUGUUAGGGUGUGCAAACAAAAUUAGAUGAAUAAAACAAUAGAACGAAAUACUUUACACAUAAUUUAGGAAAUAAUUUGUUCUAUUUGUACAAAUGGCUAUUGAAUCUAGAAAAUUUUAUCGAUUGUGGUAUCACAUUCAGUCGUAAAGCCUUCUUAGGCGAUGAUGGAGCCUCUUAUAUUUAUAUUCUGUGCUUUUGCCUGCCAAGUAAUGCAGGUCGUUUCGGCCUAUCCAUCUAAAGGACAUCCAUACAAGUCGGAACACUGUAUAAAAAUGACUCCAGCAAAAGAACAAGAAAUAAAUGUUAUAGUAACAAGACUAACAGACUUUCUCAACAAUAUUACAUCAGAAUUUGAAGAUUACGACAUUAGACUUAUAAAACUUGACAUCGAAAGUCAUUCAGAAGACGAAGUAGAGGAAAAGAAUGUUGAAUUACAAUUGACUGUAAACGAUUGUGCCGAAGAAGAGGAAUGGAAUGGUGCAGAAACACAUUACGAAUCUAAAGAAAUAGAUGUUACUGCAGAAAUUCCUGUCGUAAGAGAAGUAACAACAGAAAGACAUGAAAAUGUUCAUAAUGCCGAUGUUACAGAAAAGUGUUGUUGCGCGUGCAAAAAUUCAAAAGACAAUAUUGCCGGAAAAGAAAUUAAUGUAAAUGCAGACAAUGUUGAUGGCAAUAACUUCGCUCCAUUAGAAAUAUUAUGGUUUUUCGAUGUAAGCGAGGAUCGAAAUGAUGAUACGUUCAACAAAAUUCAAUUAUUUGAUGGUAAUAAAUUUACAGAUUCUAAAAAUCAAAUAGAAUAUAGUAAAAAUGAUGUAAUAUAUCAGAGAAACGAUGUAUUAGACCAGAAGAAUUAUGCAAUAGAUCAGAAAAAUGAUGGAACAAUCCAGAAAAUUGAAGUUAUAACAGCAGAUAAUUCUAAUAACGAAAUACAAAGUAAAAAGCCGGAAUUAAUUAGAUUUAACUGAUAUGGUUGAAGGUGUGUGGGAUAUUUUGGAAAAACGUAACAAUAAACCGCUACUCGUAUACGUACAAAGUAAAUCUAACCAAGACCAAUAUAUAUUUUUAUGACAUGUUUGUAUAAGUUUUUAGUUUAAAUAGUAUCAAAAAUACUAAUACUAAGACUAGUUAUUAAAAUGUAUUGGCCGCAAAUAAAAAAAAAAUAUAAAUGUCAUGUAAGAAAAAAAAAGUAUAAUCUCCCGCCAAUUUGGUUUUUUGUGAUCAAUUGUUUUGUUACAAUUUUUCUCUGAUUUUUGGAAAUAUAUCGUAGUUCUGUUAACCUUCGCA